ACGACGGCGACAUCGAGGACGUCCCGAGCUCUUCAUACCAUCGCCCAUCAUGGCUCUUCCCGGUGUUGAGCAAACGAUCCAUCGUGAUCCUGCGCUCUUCUACUGGAUCCUCCUUCCCAUCACGAUUGUGAUGAUCCUGACUGGCGUUCUACGACACUAUGCAACUGUUCUGCUACAUACCCCUCCUAAGCCUCCGUCUUCCUUGCUCGAAUCCCGCGAACGUCAGGCAAUCUUGAGAGGCAUCAACCUGCGAAACAACGCCAACGCCGCACUUACAACCUCCUCCUUUGCGAGUCGGAAAGAAUACCUCAUCGACUCCUUCAAAAAAGGCUCGUUCCUCCGUGGUGGUCCUCAGUCUCGCGGCCAGGCAGCUCCGAACCCGAUGUCCGACCCCGCAGCCAUGGAAGGCAUGAUGGGCAUGAUGAAGGGCAACAUGGCCAUGAUGAUCCCGCAGACACUAAUCAUGUCUUGGAUCAACGCCUUCUUCGCGGGCUUUGUCAUCUUGAAACUGCCUUUCCCUCUCACCAUACGCUUCAAGAGCAUGCUCCAGUCCGGCGUCAUGACCAGGGACCUCGAUGUCAGAUGGGUGAGCAGUCUGUCGUGGUACUUUUUGUGUCUGUUCGGCCUGCAGAGUGUCUUCAUUUUCAUUCUGGGCAAUGAGAAUGCGGCGAGUCAGAUGGCCCAGCAGAUGGCUCAAAUGAAUCCCGGCGCCAACGCGAAUCCUUUUGGACCGGGCCAGGAUCCUGACAAGAUGUUUUUGGCCGAGGCUGAGAAUCUGGAGGUUCUCGAGCAUUGGAGUAUUCUUGACGAGGCCGACGACAGACUCUUGAGCAUCUAUGGCAGCUGAGCUCGCCUGCUCUUCGAGACCAAGAUGGACCAAACCCUCCACCUAUUCCGACCAACGAGUCCUGACUAUGAGGCUCUCGUGGAUGCAGCUAGCCCAUUCUAAGCUUGCCGACCAACCCCGUCACUGUUGGUCUUGGAUGGUCGAUACCGCCGCUUUCGUCUCGACGAAGACGAGCAGGCGUACAACAUACGACUGGAGAAUGGGAGCCAGUGGGUGGUGUUUCGCCGCUGCCCGAGUAACCUUUGAUCCCAAUAGUCGCUUGACCCACAAAGUCAUGUGUCAUAUCUAGGAUUGAUGAGGCUUCUCUGUAAUGACAACGGCAAAUACCAGCCAGUCUAGACCAGGACAGUGUAUAAAGGAACAUGGCAUCCAGAACAGUGCCUUAGUACAACUUCUAUACUCCAUAAGAAAAGUCUUAAUACUACAAAAUGAAUAUGAUGCGACUCGCGUUGAUUGUGG